UCGAAUGUGUCUAGACUGCCCAGGAAAAGUCAAAGAAGAAGAACGUUACCAGGCUCUGAAAUCGAAAGAUUUGGGAAAAGGGAGACUAAUGUUAUUUUUGGAACGACGUCAACGAAGUUAACUGUUUUAUCACCUUUUGUGUUUGUAUUUCAUUCCUUCAUGUAAGCUCCGGAACACACCUUAAGACCUUAAUCCUAGGUGUGUCAUCGCAUUACCGAAGCAAUGCUGACUUGUGUGAUAUGUGGCGAGGAGCUCUUAUUUGAAGAAGAUAUGAAGACACACCUUCUUCUGAGCCACUUGGAGGACGAAAUGAGCUGCCCACUGUGUUCUUUAUCGGGGGUGUCCUAUGACGACCUCACCUACCACAUGAACACUGCACAUCCAGAGAACCAUGUCCAAGCACAAGAACCUCACCGUGACAAUAAUGUUCCUUCCAACCCCACUUCGUGUCCCUCUUCGGGAACACAAGCCACUAUGAUAACAGAAACGAAGUGGAUGAGGAAUGCAUUCCCAGCAACGUCAUUCGGUGGGAGAACUUCCAGCGACAAAAUCCGCGGUCCGAUUUCAACCUCAGGGAGUGCUUGCGUCACUCCUGACUCCAGUCCAACCACCCGGGGAUGUGGUGGAGAUGAGAGAAAAACACAAGGCGGACAGUUUCCAUGCCCCAUGUGCACCCUGGUCUGCAGCACCAGCCCCUUACUACAGGAACAUGUGGAGGUUCACCUGCAGGUGGAGGACUCCGCUAAAGGAGAGGGAACCCGCUUCUUGUGCCCUGUUUGCUCCGUAGUCUGUGAUGACACCCCCUCUCUGCACGAGCAUGUGGAAGAGCAUUUCGUUGAACUUACGAGAGACAGCUCUGCGUUGGCUCCAGUGAGUCCUGGUGCCGACCUCCGCCUGGCUCGCAAGCUCCAGGCGGAGGAGGACCAGAGGAGGCGGAAGGAGGAGGCCCAGCUGGAGGCAGUGGAGUUCAAAAAAUUGAAGGAGCAGUUUGGGCUGGACGGCGGAGGGGGCUACCGGAGGCAGCUGGAGAGACGGAUGGAGAAGGCGGUGGCCCAGGGCCUCAUGGCCCCAGCAGAAUACCACAGCAAGAGGGCAAAGGUGAUGGAGGAUCUUGCCUCUGGCCUUGACGACGGCACCACCAGAACACAGGGCACACUGGGAGCGCUGUGGGAGUACUACCAGCGGGACCCCCGAGGCUGUGCUCACAUCUGGCUGAGUGCCGAGACGGACCACUACAACUCGUCCGAGGGGGACAACGGCUGGGGCUGUGGCUACAGGAACCUCCAGAUGCUGCUCUCGGCCCUGCAGAGGAUCCCGGUUUUUGCCGACCGCCUGACAGAGGGGGAAAUCCCCAGCGUCCCUCAGCUCCAGCGAAUGAUCGAGGGGGCCUGGAAGGAAGGGCUGGACCCCCAGGGUGCCUCCCAUUUUAACAAGCGGCUGCAGGGCACGCGCGCCUGGAUAGGGGCCACGGAGAUCUACGCCCUCCUCACCUCCCUGGGCCUGAGGGCCCGCAUCACAGACUUCCAUAAACACAGCGGACCGGGCGACACCCACCCCAGGAUGUUUGAGUGGGUGAAGCAGUACUUUAGCCAGUCCUCCAGAGGCGGCAGGCUUCCCCCCAGGGUGGUCCAGACCGCUCUGCCCCCCCUCUACCUCCAGCACCAAGGACACAGCCGCAGCAUUGUAGGCGUCGAGGAGAGGAAGAACGGCAGCCUGUGUCUCCUGGUGUUGGACCCCGACUGCGGCGUGGCCAACGCCAAGAAGGUGCUGAGCGCCGACGGCCUCUCUGCCGCCAUGCGCCACAUCCGACGGUUCCCUAGCAACAUGAAGCACAGACAGUACCAGGUGGUCUGCGUGGACCAGGUUUUGUCCCCCGAGGAGAAACAGGUUUGUAUUCGGAGCUCAGCAACAUUGCGGGUGGCCCGGAUUCCUUGACAACACGAUUCAGAUUUUGAGACGUUUUUAUUGUGAUUUGCUCAUUUCCUGUUUUAUAAUUGAAUAAAUUCUAUAUUUUUUCUUUUACA